CGCGGAUCAGGAAUAGCGAUAGAACAUAACGAUAAUUGCAAAAGCUGCAGCGAACCCAACCAAGAGCAGGAACUGUGGUUAUUUUCGGUUCAUUCAUGGCUUAACGUCCAAUCCAGUAAAAGUCCCUCAAUUCGAACCAUUUAAUGACUGUUUGAUUGAUCGUGUCAGGACACUACAUCGUUACGUAAUUUUGAUUUUUGUAAAUUUCGGCCACGAACGGGGCUAACCACUAUUAACAGUAAAAAUUUUUUGUGAGUGCUCCAAUCUUUAUCGGUUUUGCAAGAUAGAGAAGGGCUGCAUCAAAAACUGUAAACUUGCCAUAAGUGGAAUCUUGUGUGUAAGCUAAGGAUAACAAACAAGCAUGGGGUCACGAUCGAUUCUAAACAAAACGUCUAGUACUAUAGAUUCAUCGCGGUUUCGUAAGAAGCAGAAGUGGUACCACCGAAGACCGAUACUCGACAAUGCGUACUUCACCAACUUACAGAAGGGCAGUUAUAUUGCCGCCCUUUAUGCGCUCGUGGAGUGCCUCUUUAUGAUCUGCCUUGUGGUAUUUGAUAUUUACUGUCUAGCCGAGGCCUUACCAGGCUCCCGACAUUUUAGAUACUUCGGAAUCAGUUUCCUGUUUGUCUAUAGUGGAAAUCAGCAUGUACGGAAUCUGCUGAUAGCCGUAUCAGUAUUUUCGUUCAUUGGCGCUAUUUGUCUCCUGGUAACGUCCGCACAAAUUAUUUCCGCUUUACGAAAGGAACAAGAGGCCAAAUUCAAGCCCUGGCUGUAUGCAAUGUUCAUAUUCACCGUUUGGCGCUUCUGCGCUAUUAUGUUCCGGUCAAUUGCAAACGACCUGUACUACGCGUAUCAUAUCUUAAUGCUGCUGAUUUGGGUGGCUUUGAUUGCCGGCAAUGUCUUUGCCUAUCUCGUCGUGUUGUCCAACUAUCAGGAGCUUUCCGAUAUCACCCGACUUGAAGAUCUCGCCCGCAGUAAGAUGGGCGUUGGAAGCACCAGCGUAUCACGCUCUGUAUCACAUAACAGUCUAGACACGUUCAAGAAUUCGAUGCAUAACUCGUCUUUUCAGUCGAACUACAGCGGUCGAAGUGGAGCUCCAUCGGUUUCAUCCGUUCCUAUGCGACAGUUUCGUUGAACGUAACAAAUUAACGUUACUGGCAUUUUCUCUGUUCUAGAAGGUUGUUGGCGAUAGGUCCAAGGUAGUACGGCGUUUCAUCCUGUGGACUGUAUUUGCUUGUACGCAAAUUCGAUUUAGCAUCUUCGUAGAGUGUCUUGCUGGGCUACGUAAGAUGUAUAUGGCCGGCAUAAACAAGCAGACUUCCAGCAAUAGAAAUAUUCUUUUCUGACGGUUGCAUGUAAACCAUACUUCCAUGCAAACCCAUAGAAUUGUAAGUACUGUAUAUUCGAAAAGGACAAUGCGGGGUGUCAACGCGUUUUUUCAAGGAUAAUUUAGGGUGAUCUUUUGGCUUGUACGAUAUCCGUAUGAAUGGCACGUGCUUAUCGGUCCUGUUUAUGUUUUCAUACGAUUACUGGGAGGCUGAUGUAAUGUUUAUACUUAGCAUUUAUUUUUGUUUUAAGGUAACUUAGCAUUGUACUGAAAAGUAGUUUAUAAGACACCUUUGUAGAUUGUCUUAAAUAAUUGAAUUGGUCUUCUCUGAGUGAUCUGGAGCUGGCGUAUUCUUGGAAAUAGGGCCAAAUUUAUUCUUUGAUUUUUUUUACUUCUAAACUUGCUGAAGUCUCUGUGUAUGUGUGUGUGUUUGUGUGGGUGUGUGUUUUAUAGGUAGCUCACGACUACGUCGCUAGUACUAUAUUUGUAGCUAAUAAUAUAUAUUUUCUGGUUUGUAUAAUAUAAUUUAGAUGUUGGUGUUUUGAAAAGAUUUACUUGUGGUUUGGGCGAGUGCGUAAACUGGUAUAUUAUAUAUAGUAUUAUUUAAUUAUGGUUAGUGUAGCCAAACAGCGCCAUUAUGUUACCUCUGUAAUGCAAACGUAGCAACGUGUUGAUCGAAUGUCACAAUACGAGGCGAAGUCGAAAAGGCUCGGUUUUACACGGUACAAGCACAAGACCUAAUCGAAUGCCUAGGAGAGAACAGCGUUUUAUAAGUGAGUACCGUGCGUCGGGAACCAAAGCUGACUUCAAAGGAACUUUACGAGAGUUGACGUCGCUAUGAAAUAGCGCGAGACGCACCUGCAGAAUUCGGCUUGCGGCAAAACAGAGUGGCAUCGGGUGUAAACGACGAAUAAAGGACUUGCAGAAAUCUUCAACAACAGCACUGGAUAAGAAAUCGACCCAAGAACAAGGAAGAUAGAACCCAUCAGCCACUGCAUUUGUGUAGGACACGGACCAGGAUGAUGCUAACUAUGAAAAAUUCAAACGUAAGGUUGUAUUAGCAAACCACCGAGCCAAUGAAAAAGCAAUACACUAUAUAUUUUUAGGCAGAUUGAGGUAAAUUCUGUCGUUGUACGGUGAUGAAACAGUACCUCAUCAGGCUGUAUUGCGCAUAUAUAUAAGAUUUAUACAAGUAUGUCAUAGAAAUUUGAAAUGGGGUAAGGAAUGGAAGGCACUUAAUGGAAACAAAUGAACAAAGAUUAGAACGUCCAGAUUGGGUAUAGCAAGACGCUACAGAUAUUUCAUAUCGACAUUUGCAUUGGCUCUAUCGAAAAGUAGGGCAUGUGAGAAAAGGAUGCCUGCUAAGUAUGAUAAUAAUAAUAGUAAUAGGCAAAGUGAUAUAGACAUAUUUUGGUUCGGCAAAAAUGGCGGAAGAUUACCGAAACCCAGAACGAUUUUUCUGUCUCGCCAUGUCCAUAGAAUAUUAAUUAUGAUUAAUAUGAUAUGCACUUGAUUUUUCUGCAGUGGUUAAGGUCGACAAAAAGUAAAAACAGUGACAAUUUAAUUAUUUUGUGAUUUAAUUUAUACGCGAGACGUAGCACUGGACAUAAGUAAAAAAAAAUAAAGAUUUAUAUAAGUAUGGUUAAUACCCACACAAGUGAUACGUUAACUGCCUUCUCUAGAAGAUCAAUGCAUGUUUGCGAUAAAAAUCUUCCUAUUAAAAACAACCACAGCUCAUUAGCGGAUAAAUUUCAUUAACAUUUAUUGAAGAUUCAUAAUUAUCAUUGACCAUCGUUACUGCGACACACAGCAUCAUGCUUAUUUUAAUAAUACUAAUUGUAAUCUAUUAUAUUUUUUAUAUUAUACUAAUGCUUAGUAAUGUUUGUUGUCAUUGUUAGUGAUAUAAUCACAGGUGUAUUUUUACAGACUGCGGCUCUUUAAAUCGUGUUUCUUUCGGUAUUCUCAAUAGUCAUUUCCCUUCGAAAAAAAAGCAAAUUAACAAUAUCGUUAUAUGUAUAUUUCAUUUUUGUUAGAUGGCGCCACCUAUUUCCCGCGUCUUGUUUUUCGGCUAGCUUCUCUUCAGCGCUUUCUGUUCCUGUAUGCAUUCAUAUUGCAAUAAGACAUCUUUCGCUUCCGCAUUGUGCCUAUCGUUAUUUUACCGUUGCCAUAUCACUUUAUCAUUCGUUAUUCUGUAUCUGUGUUUGACGUUUUACAUCACGACUCAUCCUAUCGAAUUCGUUACCUAAUUGUUAUCUGUCGCCAUUUUGAAUUAUGUCAUUAGCGGCAUAUUUGUAUUAUUAGUCUCGAGAUUGUUGCUGCUGGUAAACCAUCUAUUGCGACAAAUCAUCACUGAUUACCUCCUUCAAUUCGUUAUUAUUGGCUGUAUUUUGGUUAAUCAUUCCUCCAGAAUCUCAUUUACUGCUUAACUGUUAAAGGCUGUUCGUAAGUGUCGCGUGAAUCGCUAAAAAAUCUGCCAUGGGAAGAAAAACAUUGAAGAGCUAUACAUAUGUAUCUCUUGAAAUCAACGAUAGUAUUUAGGUUAAUCUAUUCAUUAGCAUAGCCUUAGGCCAUAAGAAGCGUCCUUAUUAUCGGCCGGUUUGCGCAGCAUGCUGAUAAAUUAGGUACACACAGAUGGUUGACAUUUUGGUUUUUUACCAUUUUGACUAAGGGUAAUUUGACGAAUUCAGCGAAAAAAAAAAAUCGGUCGACCGCAAAUGCGGAAAACUGACCAGUCAUUGAUUCGGUUAAUAGCUGGGGGCUGGCUUUCGUAAGCGCUUUCGGACCACCUGCCGGCUGGUAACAGCCAUACUUCUAAAAAUGUACACGGAUUCGUAAAUGGUUUACUAUAUACCCUAUUAUGCUCGUCUCUAAGUACUGGGUGUCUGAAGAACGCUUCGCGUUAGAUGAAUCUUUUCAGAUGGUCAGUACACCUCGUAACAGCACGAUUGUUUAGUAGAUGUUUCAGCAAAUUGUGAUGGUGCGCUGUUUAUAUAAUAGGCAGCCUGUGCCUCUUGCCGAUUUGGUUUAUUUCAAAGAUUUGAAUUAGAACGCGAGUAUUUGUGGGGUUCCGCGUUCAUCGUUUUACGUUCGAAUGUAUUGUCGUUUAACUGUAUUAUAUAUAUUUUCUAUCAUCAAUCUUUGGCUAUAUUGCGUCUCCGCUGAGGCCACAACGAGUUGAUUGAGAACAUUAUAUGCGACGCGUGCCACAGUGACAAUAGUGUUUAUUUAUAUAGCUCUUACUCAUAUAUACAUUAGACCAAUCCGUUACAAUUUCCCUACUAAUUAUAUGGCAACUUUUUCUUCCUGAUAAUUAUCAUAUUUUAACGUUAGAUGUGUUAUUAUCUUCAUCAAUAUGUUAAGAACUAGUACGCUAUCUACCCCGUAUCUUAAUAAAUCCACUGCUCUUUUUCUGGUAUAUGAUUCUUUUACGUGUCUUUCAUACUGUUUCCACAAUUUGUUCUGUAUUGCGAAUCGACUUCAGUGUUCUUCCGUUUUUGUUUUCUAGACGUCUGAGUCUUAUUUUUCAUCUGAGCCCACGUAAAUACAUCUCUACUUUUGACAUUUUUUCAGCAACAGAUAUUCUAUAAUCAACGACCCUGUCGUUUAACAACAGUGCGUUUAGCUAUUGAUAAUGAUCUAAUAGUGCUUCCAAUAUGCGCAGUUAACACGGUAAUAUGCUACAUGCUAUCGGUAUCUGUGUGACUUCCCUUGUUGCAAGGAGUACCUCUGUAAAAUUGGGGUUGGGAUUUAGACUAUCAAUAAACGUCUAUUUUAUCCCGUGUUAAAUUCAAACAAAUGUUCGGAGGGCAUUAAGACAAUUUGAGAAUAGACUGCUUGUAUUCGAGAAUGUCGAACGACGGUUACAAAAACUUGUCGGGAGAAAUAGUUGUCAGUCUACGUUAUCGACACCUGACUCAAAAAUACGGAGAGCUAGAGAUAUGCCUAGAAUCAUUUCAUUGUACAGAUGUUGUUAGCCGGUUUCGGCUAACAAUGUAGCAGCUGCUUACGUUGACCUAUUUAGGUUCCUUAAGGCUGUUCGUGUUUGCGUGUGUAUUGAUAUAAAUAUUGACUAGGUUACCUUGUGGCCACUUGUAGUAUAAUAAAUAUAUUGAAAUUUUCAUUUAAAAAUUGCUUGCUUCGACCCAAACGCAGUCACUUCUCCCAGUUCUUCCUUGAGUUACCAAUGAGUUUCUGCAGGAUUUUUGCGUCCCGGUUAUCAGUCGUUUCUAAGAAAAAAAAAAAGCUUUUACUCUCUGACGAUAACCGACGCGAGUCAACGUAUGUCUAUCGAAGCCGGACUAAUCAUUGAUCAAGGGGCAAUGAUCAAAUGCGUUUUCAACGUCCUCGUCUG